AUGGACAAGUAUACGGCUCUAAUUAACGAUGGGAAGUUUUCAACUCUUACAUUGAAUGUCUCGAGAUAUCCUAAAAGUCUGGUAUAUUGGGAAAAGUUAUUGAAUCAUAUAAUAAACACUUCCACACCAAUAUGCAAAUCCAUCGAACCUCAACUGUUAGAGCUAAUACGAUAUACAUAUUCUUCUAUGCUAAAUGAAUUUCCCUACUUGGAGAACUACUACAUUGAUUUCGCACUACUAGAAUACAAGUUGGGGAACGUUUCCAGAUCUCAUAAGAUAUUUCAACAUGGAUUACAAGCAUUUAACCAGAGAUCUUUAUUAUUGUGGAUAUCAUACCUAAAGUUCUGCAACAACGUUGUCUUGAACCAAAAGCAAUUAUUCAAGAAAUACGAAAUGGCUGAAGAGUUCAUUGGUUUGCAUUUUUUCAGUGGAGAAUUUUGGGAUUUAUAUCUGGAACAAAUCCAAUUGAGAUGUGUAUCCUCCAAGAGAUAUUGGAGCGUCCUAAGAAAAAUACUUGAGAUUCCGUUACACUCCUUUGCCAAAUUUUAUGCAUUAUGGUUAUAUCAAGUAGAUGAUAUAACGGAUCUGAAACAACUAUCGCAACUGACAAGUGAAGACGAAUUAUCCAAGAAACUGAAGAUAAACAUCAAGUAUAGCGGAAGGAAAGGUCCGUAUUUACAAGAGGCAAAGAAGAAACUAAAAAAGAUAACCAAAGAAAUGUAUAUGGUAGUUCAAUACCAAGUGCUUGAAAUUUACUCCAUUUUUGAAUCGAAUAUUUAUUCCAACUAUUACACAUCAUCAGAAACUUUGGUCUCUUCGGAUGAAAUAGAAGCAUGGAUAAAAUACCUCGAUUACACAAUCAAUUUCCAAACUGAUUCUUUAACACAUUUGAAUUUCCAAAGGGCUUUACUCCCCUUGGCCCAUUACGAUAUUAUAUGGAUAAAAUACUGUCAGUGGUUAAUUACUGCAAAAAAUGACCUUGUGGGGGCCAAAAACGUUUUAUUAACAGGAUUGAAAUUUUCGUUGAAAAAGACGAAGAUAAUAAACCUGCUGUAUUCAGUCCUCUGUAAAUUAAACGAUUACGAGCUUUUGCGAACCCUUUUUGAAAAAAUCGAAUCCUCGUAUUCUGAAAAUAUUGAAAAUGUUGAUGAUUUUGAAAUAUUCUGGGAUUAUCUCCAAUUCAGAAUAUUUUACCAAAAUUCCGUGUCUCCAAGUCGAUAUUCUGAUUCACAAUUAAGUGGACUUUUGAAUAAAGAGCUAUUUGACAAAGUUUGGAAGCGUUUGAGUUUCAAAGAAAAGAAAACGGGACAAGAAAUCCUGUUGAAUAGCUUGAUACAGUUUUAUUCAAAGGACACAAUAGAGUUUGUAGAAAAAAAUGUGUUUAGAAAGAUAUUGGCAUCCAAUUGGGAGUACUAUUUACAAAACGGUAUUUUUUGGUCCUGCUAUUGCCGCUUAAUUUAUUUUGAUACUUCGAGAUCGUACUUAGAGAAAAGACAGUAUAUUGUCAAGACAAUCUGGCCCCAGAUAGAUAAGAAAUUAGCCCAGAAUGUCUUACCGUCGUUAACGGAAUUCUGCCAGUCCUACUUUCCAGAAGAACUGGAUACACUGGAGGAAAUAUUUACCGAAAAAGCUUGA